CGUGUCAGCUCAGGGGUGUUGCUCGAUUUCUGUUCCCGGGGAGGCGGCCGGUCAGCCAGUCCGCGAUCUCCAUGGCGUGAUUGGGAGCCUUUGUCUUUUUUGGGAGCAAGACACAUUUGCGCCCCAACAUGCAGGAUCCUAAUGCAGACACGGAAUGGAAUGACAUCCUACGUAAAAAGGGCAUCCUUCCUCCAAAAGAGAAGCUAGAAGAGCAAAAGCAGGCAGAAGAGGAGAAGGAACAGCAGAUCCUACAGCAGCAGUCAAUUGUGAAAACCUAUGAAGAUAUGACCCUAGAGGAACUAGAAGAAAAUGAAGACGAAUUCAAUGAGGAAGAUGAACGUGCUGUUGAAAUGUACAGGCAGCAAAGAAUAGCUGAAUGGAAAGCAACUCAAUUAAAGAAUAAAUUUGGAGAACUUCUAGAGAUCUCAGGACAGGAUUAUGUCCAAGAAAUUACUAAAGCUGGCAAGGAUAUAUGGGUCAUAUUGCACCUUUACAAGCAGGGCAUUCCUCUCUGUGCCUUGAUAAAUCAACACUUAAAUGGACUUGCAAAGAAGUUCCCUGAGGUCAAGUUUGUCAAAGCCAUCUCUACAACUUGCAUACCCAACUACCCUGACAGAAAUCUCCCCACAAUCUUCAUCUACCUUGAAGGGGAUAUCAAGGCCCAGUUUAUUGGACCGCUGGUGUUUGGAGGGAUGAAUCUGACCAGAGAUGAAUUGGAGUGGAAGAUUUCUGAGUCAGGUGCCAUCAAGACAGACCUGGAGGAAAACCCCAGGAAACAGAUCCAGGACCAGCUGAUGUCGUCAAUUAAGUGUUCUGUUCCAACAAGGAGAGAAGAAAGUGACUCGGAAGACGACUAAGAUCUCCUGUACGUGACAAUCAACCCAAUCCAUGCUUAUUCAGAAGGAGGUCUAAUUGAGUGCUGUGGGACUUGCAACUAAGAGUACUCAGGUUGCAAUCGGUAGCAUUUUUUAAAUAAGAAACUUUGGUUGUAUAAGUCUGCAGGGGAGUAAGUAAUGGAGAGCAGUGUUGUUCAAUUCAUGAUAAAAUUUUCUACAGGAAAUGGGAAGCGCUGGUUAUGGCUGCUCUGUGCAUAGGAGUUAAUUCCUGUAGCGGAUAGUAUUUUUCCUGAUUGGCUGGUGCCACUUAGUGCUAUUGCAUUCUCCCUUCCUCCACACGCAGACAGAUACAUACAAGUACCUGCACCGUAGAAAUUUUGACAGCUAUUUUGCAUGGUCAUCUUUAUUAUUUUGAAGUUAGCAGCUCAGCUACAGUUGGGGAAAAGGCUGUGAAAUGAAACCCAAUUAUCAAAUAAUGACUAAUUUUUAUAUGACUAUACUAAAUAUUGCAAGUACUUCAUUGUCCAUGUGCAGCUCUGGUACAUUAAUAUUGCUACCAUGAUUUUUGAAUCACAGCAAUAGAAUAUAUAUUCAGGAUUACAAACUAUGUCUAUAAUUCUGAAAAUUUAGGAAUUACAGUCUAAAGGACAAACAUAGGAUAUCAGUCUCUGUUUGAAGCUCCACUUGAGGAUAUUUUUAAAUAGUAACUUUUUUCAGUGUUUUUUUAUUUUGAUAAAUGACUAAAUUAAUUAUUGUCUUUUCCCCUUCUCUCUCCUGAAUAGAGAGCCAAGCAGUAUAAUGCUGUCUUGAAUUGUAAGUGGCUAAUUUAUGACAGCUGUAACCAUAUUUUAGGUUCUCCAUAAAAGUUGUAAUAAAGACGAUGCAUUACAGUGAAA